UGCGCGAGGAAUUCCGGGAAACAGGCGGCCUCCGCUCUCUGGUAUCCUGAGCUGUCGAGUUGAGUGCUUCUGUUUCGCGCUGGAGUAUCUGCGCCGCCGCCGGGAUCAUGGUGUUCUACUUUACCAGCAACAGCGUUAACUCAUCUGCUUACACUAUUUACAUGGGAAAGGAUAAAUAUGAAAAUGAAGAUCUAAUAAAGCAUGGCUGGCCUGAAGAUAUUUGGUUUCAUGUGGACAAACUCUCUUCGGCUCAUGUAUACCUUCGAUUACAUAAGGGAGAGAAGAUAGAAGACAUACCAAAGGAAGUCCUGAUGGACUGUGCCCAUCUUGUGAAGGCCAAUAGCAUUCAAGGCUGCAAGAUGAACAACGUUAAUGUGGUAUAUACACCGUGGUCUAACCUGAAGAAAACAGCCGACAUGGAUGUGGGACAGAUAGGCUUUCACAGGCAGAAGGAUGUGAAAAUUGUGACCGUGGAGAAGAAAGUGAAUGAGAUCCUGAACCGAUUAGAAAAGACCAAAAUGGAGCGGUUCCCAGACCUCGCGGCAGAGAAGGAAUGCAGAGACCGAGAAGAGAGGAAUGAGAAAAAAGCCCAAAUUCAGGAAAUGAAAAGGAGAGAGAAGGAAGAGAUGAAGAAGAAGCGGGAAAUGGAUGAACUUAGGAGCUAUUCAUCACUAAUGAAAGUUGAGAAUAUGUCUUCAAAUCAGGAUGGCAAUGAUUCAGAUGAAUUCAUGUGAAUGGAGGAAAGGACCUUUGAAAGAUGUGAAUUUUGGGACAGUUGCAGACGGUUUGAUUUCAUCUGUGUUUGGAGUUAUAAAAAAAAAAAACUAAAAUUCUACCUUCAUUCUACACAAAUAUUACCAACGUUGGAGUCUAAAAAACAAAAAAAGUGUUCCCUUUUUUGCCGACGGAAAAGGAUCAGAUAUUUAUAAUAUAUUUGGACUUGAAAAACAGCAUAUAACUUUAGGAAAGUGAAAAUAUUUUUGCUGAAAGAUGUCCUGGUACCUCAUGACAGUUGGCUGCCCUUGUUCUUGGGAUAGACUUCAGAACAGACCAGCUCUGAGAAGUAUUUGUUACUGUGGUCUGUCCCUGAGAACAGAUGUCUUGAGAAGCUUUUUCAUAUUCCUAAAAUAGCUUCACUUCUGUUAAGAAGAAUGUAUCAGUGAGCAACGUAUGCGAACGUUGCCCUUGGCCCCGAUUUCCUGACUAGAACAAGAAAGCUUACGGGUUUUGACGGUGAUAGUGAUAUUUUCAGAAGAUUGCCGGCUUCAGUAGUCCCGUCCCAUGGUAUCGUGUGAAUCUGUUAGGAGGAUUGUCCUCAGCUCUCCCCUUGUCCUGGCUUCCACCUUCCGCAUCCUUUCUCUGAGCGAGGGCCUUCCCUCUAGUUACCAUUGUGCUUAGAGAAGUAGUCCGUGUUAGUCAAGGUCAGGCACGUGGCAGUGUUUACCUGAGUGCCGAGUAACCCAAGCCACAUACGUGACAACUUCGAGGCUCUGGAGCUGUUGCUCAGCGCUGAGGGGAGAAAUAGGAAGGCAUGAUCUGAAUCAUUUUGAGGAUGUCAGGUUACCUGAUUUUCGUCUAGGGAUGCACAUGGAGAAAGCAAACGUCCCAUGUUGGGGUUAUGAUCUGAGAAGGAAGCAUUUCACCAGCCAGCCAAGUAAUUUGUUUAUUUACCUUGAGACAAUAUUUACUUUGAGUUGUAUCCCCAGAGUUCAGAUUUCUCAGUUGUAGGCCCAGUAACUUAAUAUGUAACAGGACUACUCAUCUGAACCACCUACUCUCCAGUGGGAUUCUGAAUAGAAGGUGUGUUUUUGUUGCAAUCCCGGUAGGAAGCAACAAAACAAAACAAAUGAAAGAAGAAGAGAACAAAGCCUGCAGGUCAGGAGGCGCUCACAUUCACAUUUUAACCACACCCAGAACUCUACACGCAGCUUUAUUCUUCCUAACUGUAUUCUAACCCGGUGACAGUUAUCCUGUCAGAGCACUUUGGAACUGUGGGUAAAACUAAACGACCUCAGUGUUUCUAUUUAUCCCAAGUUGGUGUGUGGGGUGGAACUGGAAAAUUUCCCUGAAGCAUAACUCGGCCAGAUUUUGAAGAGGUAGAUAUGGGAGAUUUUUCCCAUAUGAUGACUCUAGAAAUUAGUGAUUGUGUGUGUGUGUGUGUGAGAGCGAGAACAUUCAGCCUGGAGUUCUGUGAUUUUAGAAAUGUAAAAAUAAAGAAUCAUUUUUUUAUUUGGAAGGACAUUAAUAUAUGAACUCUUAGAAUUUGCUCAUUAUCCCCAUCCCCACGCUGGUUUUGGAGUGAUCUGGUUAUAAAAAACCUCGUCCAUCCAAGGCUCAACGUGGCAGCUUCUGGAACUUCUUCCUCCCUCGUGGCCACGUGUGUCUCCCCUCCAGAUGCCCAGGGGGCCGAAGUGGAUGACCUUUCCCAAGCCCUCUGUGGAUUGAGUGGAAGCUGGUAGGGCUCCUGCCAGGCACCACAGGCACUUCUUUCACGCUGCGGCCAACAUCUAGAAUGGGGAGAGCUUGUCUCUGGCCUCACCCGUGUUAACUCAGCCUGCCACCGCUUCUGAAGGACUCCUCUGUACCCCCCGUUACGGCAGGUAGAGUUAACACUUCUGGAGCAGACGUCUAUGUUCAGGGUAGUGUGAGAGAUCCUGGGGUCCAAAUUUUAAACCUCUCCCAAUUCGCACCUCACGUUAGUUUCAAGUGUCAAAGCCUCUCCUCUGAAUUGCCCAAGUUGAAUUCCUAGCUCUCGAACUUCUUGAGCUGCUCUGUGCUGAUUUCCUCUGCCUGUGUGUGUGGGGGGGGGGGGGGGGGGGGGGGGGGGGCAGUCUUCUCCCCAGCGCCCGUGGUCCCAGAAAAAAACAAGGACCUUUUCUCUUGACGUUGGUUCCGUGCCCACAGGUCACACUGUUGCCGCCGAAACCAUCUCAUUUCUUGCUAGUGACAUGUUUCCUAAACUACCUGUAGGAGAAUUGCAAAUCGUUCUUUUUAGGAACUGUGCCUGUGAUCAAAUCCGUGCAUUGUGAGGGUGUGUCUUUUCAACUGUGUCUCAUUUCCCUGCUCCGAUCUGCAUGCCAGUGAGGGUCGCAUUAUUUAAUCUGCUUCACAAGCUCAGCUCUUUUACAGCUUUAGAAUUCAUUUCUUACCGGCCUUUGUCGAUCUGGGGUCACGAUCUUUGGGCGAGGGCGCUCCGUCACAGUGCUGGUGCUAGAACGCGUGUUGGGGAGCUUACCGAAGUCUGUGAGGUGUGGACUUUAGCAGAAUAGGCAACAAGCUUUAGUUGAACCCUGUCAGUAGCCCUUGUUUAUUUUGUUGUUUUAUUUUUAACUUUCUUGAAGCCUGGCUUAUGGUGAGCCUUUAAACUGUUCAGUGCCAAUGAUAUCCCCACUCAGGAAGGAAGGUGUCGGGUGUACACAGAGCAGGAGGAGAAAGAAUUCAGCUCUGGCCUCCAGCUGGGGACCAGCUCUCCCUGCCACCUUUGCAUCUGAGAGGCAAAGCCCUUGUUCUCUGGGCUAGAACAGGUUCUGGGGAAAACCGCUCAGGACACAGAAAUAGAACACCUUUCCUUUCCAGUUUUUCCUGAGCUGUGAUAUUGAAGCCUGCUUUGUCUCUGUUUGAUUUCAAAUACAGCAUUGUGAAUAACAAA